UUAAAAGAUUUUAAAUAUCAAAAUGCUACAGUAAUUAGUCGUGAACGUGCAGAAAAAUAUAUUGAGAUUUUAGAAAACCCUGAUAAUAACGAACUAAAAAAUUUAAAUCAAAAAGAAAUUUGUCUAAAAGAAGAUUUAUACGAUCGUAUUUGUGCUUAUCAUCAGACAAUUGGACAUGAAAUUGAACCAAAUAUAGAAAUCAAUGAUACAUUGAAUAAUGAUGAUGAAUAUGUUAACUUGAAUUCUGAAUUACCUAAAUUAUCUGAAAUUAUUGUAUCACAACAGAUCAAUACAAAUAUUUCAUAUGAAACUAUUGAUUUAACUAAUAAUAAUAAUGAUGACAAAAAUUUAAUACAUGAAAAUGAAAUAGAAAAUACAACUGAAGAAAUUGGCAAUGAUAAAGAAAACAAUUGUGAAAUUGUUCCUACUUUUCAAAAGAUUCACAAUACAACUAAGAAUUUAAAAAGAAAAGUCAUUUAUGAAGUUGGUGAUUAUGUCAAGGUUCUGGUUCCAAAAAUUGAUCAAUCUAAUACUGAUACUUGUUAUCGUGCAUGUGAUAUAGGUCCAUUAGAGUCAUUUGACUAUCCCAAAUUAGCCAAAAUACCAUCUGCUUAA